AUGAUUGAUCUGGGCCUCAAGAGGAUUGCAAGACUAGUGCGGGAUCAGGGAAAGUUUCCCUGGAGAGCGAUUCAUGUGAGAAACUUACCCUUCAUCCAUCUGUUCGCUCGUUUAUUCAGCCAACCACUAACCGGGCAUCCCAAGGUCGCGGGAACAAAUGGAAAAGUGCGUCAACCGAGUGAUCACUCAUGCCCAAACCUUCGACAGGCAAGCUAACGUUGACGAAAAAAAACGAAAAAACGAAAAAAGCAACUGCUACAAAUAGGGCUCUGUAUGCGCUUACAUAUCCUCCUGUCUCAAGUUCUCGGGCAUCCCAAGUGCGCGCUUCACCUCGCCGCACCUGGUCGACCGCUGGGAUUGUAUAACCCUCGAUGGUGCCGCAGUUAGCGAGGAACUCUUCCUGGCAACCGAAGCCGCAAUCAAGCAAAAGAACGCGCGGGAGAACAUCGGCGCCUCCGAGUUCGAGAUCCUGACGGCCACCGCGUUCGAAAUAUUCUCGCGGGAGAGGGUUGACCUCGCCGUCGUCGAAGUGGGGAUCGGUGGGCGGCUGGACGCAACGAAUGUUAUCGGACCGCCCAUCGUAACUAUCAUAACGAAAAUUGGGCUAGAUCACCAGGCCUUUUUGGGAUCCUCGCUGGAGGAGAUUGCUAGGGAGAAGGGCGGGGUGGUUAAGGUUGGGAGUAGGUGUAUUGUCGAUGGGACGAAUGAUGGGAAGGUGCUUUCGGUGCUUGGGAAGAUGGCGGAGGAGGUAGGGGCGGAGAGCCUUCAUGCCGUUCGUCCCGAUAUGGUUGGUGAAGGAGGGGGGGACGGGAGCAUCUGCGAGAUAACAACGGAGGCAUUUGGAAGACAGAGGUUUGAAGAAUUCCUCACGGGGAAUUACCAACCGGCGAACCUGUCCUGCGCUGUUCAUGCGCUUUCUCACCUGUCCAGAGAGUACCCGUCCAUCACUGCGUCAACUGUCUUUGCCGGCGUUAGGAAUACAAGCUGGCCCGGGAGGAUGGACACGGUAGACCUAUCAUGCCUGUUCCCCGGGCGGGAGAGACGGGUUCUACUUGACGGGGCACAUAAUACCCAAGCAGCACUUGCUUUGUCAGACUACGUUACUAAAGAGCUACGGACUGGAGGGAAGUUUGUUUCCUGGACCAUUGCUGCGUCGAAGGGGAAGGAUGUCGAGGAGAUGCUGAACAUUUUGGUACGGCCUGGAGAUAAAAUUGUGGCAGUUGAGUUUGGACCUGUAGAUGGAAUGCCGUGGGUGGCGGCGACGAGUUCCGAAGACAUUAUUGGCGCGGUUAGUGAGAUGUUUGGAGGGGAGAUCGAGGCUGUUGAUGGAGGGAAGGAUGUGCUUGGGGGAGUGAAGACGGCGGUGGAACUUGCUGGCGAGGAGGGGCGCACGGUUGUUGCGGGGAGUUUG